AAAAGUCUGACUAAUAUGGUCAUGUGGGUGGUACAUGAUUGCCUUUUGUAAGGUUGAUAGGUGAAAUUAGUGGAAGCGUGGUGGAAAGGAUUUAGUGAUUAAGGCAGUGUUUGGUCCACAUGAUUCUCGGAAAAGCAGUUGAGGCACUUCGCACUGGAUUAUCGUGUUCUAAGCACAUUUGCUAAACACUAUUCGACCAAUGAUGUCAUUCCAAAAGAAUUGGUAAAAUCAAUGGUUGAAGCAAAAAAUAUGUUUUCUGCAACAGAAUUACAACGUCAGAUAUUCUAUGCCUUAGUUGAUCAAACACUUUUUGGAGAGCAGCCUUCUUCAGGCAGAGAUACAAUGUCCAUUGUUGCUGAUCUUAAACAGCAACACACAAGCUGGAAGCAUGUGGAUGGAACACAUUGGCACACCCGAUUCAAUCAUCUCACAAACUACGGCGCAGGCUACUAUAGCUACUUGUAUGCAAGAUGCUUCUCCACGAGCAUAUGGGAAAAGAUAUGCAAAGAGGAUCCACUCUCACCAGCAACAGGUUCAGCUCUAAGAGAGAAGUUACUGCAGCAUGGAGGAGCCAAAGACCCUAACGAUAUAUUGAACGAUCUCGUGGGGAAUGGCAUCACAAGGACUCGGGGAAAAGGUGUCAUACCCGACAUUACAUGUUUAUGCAACAUGUUGGAGCUUUAGAAAUGGCAAAGUCGCUCUUGUUCUAAUGGUACAAAAUUUUGAACAUAUGGUACAAAGUUCUGGAGCAUAUGGUAACUUGGCGUGAAGUAGGAAUGUCAAUGAGUCAACUUUGGAUCAACUCCACCCAUUCGCUCUCCCUCUGUUAUCCGGCCCAUCCAUCACCUGUUACAUACAUCCUUCAUCACUUGAUCCAUACGUCAUCCACGGGUGGAAUAGGUGAAAAGCGGAUGAAAAUAAUAACACUUUUUUUUAUUGCUAAAUGCAUUGUAUUAAAUUAUCAUUUUGAUUGACAAUAGUACUACAUUAUAUA